UCCUAGACAAGCAGGAAAUGUAGGAAGGGGGAAUGCCAAUAGUAGAUGCGCUUUCCCAGGGGCGGGUGGAGAAGGGCAAUCCCCCCAACUCAUGCAUUUCCCUGGGGGAGGACAGAGGAGGCUGGUGGACGGAUGGAGCAAAAAUAGAAAGGGUCCACAGUCCUUUGAGGAAGGUUGCAGAGUAUUACAGAAGGUUGCAGAAAAGUGGGCUUUUCUGGAUUUGAACCGAAGCAACCUGCGGAUUGAAAUCAUGCUAGAGGCUUCUGCAAAGAUGGAUGGUCUGGGUGAGAACAAGAAUGCGGGAGAACUCUCUGGGGUGUCACCAGAUAUUUUCAUAUGUAAAGAAGAGCCUCAGCAGGCGAGGAAAAUGAAAGGAAUACUGAAGAGGAGGAAGAAUGAAUUGCUUACUUCUCAGCAUGGUGGCUCCAAAGACAAUCCAACCCAAGAGAAAACAGAUAAAGGGCAGGAAAGGAACAACUGUCCUGUGUGUGGGAAAACCUUUGCUCAUAAGGCAGGCCUUUGUUCUCACUGGAAAACCCACACAGGGGAGAAACGAUUUAAAUGCGCUGAGUGUGGAAAGAGUUUCUAUGAGAGCACAAAACUAAUAAGGCACCAGGUAAUUCAUACAGGGGAGAAACCAUAUACAUGUUCAGCGUGUGGGAAGAGUUUCAGUAACAGCGCUUACCUCACUACACAUCGAAGAUUCCACACAGGAGAGAAACCAUACAGAUGUUCUGAGUGUGGAAAAAACUUCAGCAUGAGGACAAGCCUUACUUCUCAUCAAAGAAUUCACACAGGGGAGAAACCUUUUAAAUGCUUGGAGUGUGGGAAGUGCUUCCGUCGGGGUGAUCUCCUUUCCUUGCAUCAAAGAAUUCACAGUGGAGACAAACUAUUUACAUGCUUAAGGUGUGGGAAGAGAUUUUGUGACAAAUUAAGCUACAAGAUUCAUCAAAGAGCUCACACAGGGGAGAAACCUUUUAAAUGCAUGGAGUGUGGAAAGAAUUUCAGUCUGACCUCGCAGGUUAAGUCACAUCAAAGAAUCCACACAGGAGAGAAACCAUUUAAAUGCUCAGAGUGUGGAAAGAGGUUCAAGUGGAGUACACACCUUACUUCCCAUCAAAGAAUCCACAUUGGAGAGAAACCUUACAAAUGUUCAGACUGUAACAAGGGCUUUUGUGAAAAUUCGAGCCUGAAAAAACAUCAGAGAACUCACACAGGAGAGAAACCAUAUAAAUGUUCAGAGUGUAGUAGGUACUUUUGUGACAAAUCAAGCCUUAAGAAACAUCAGAGAGUUCACACAGGAGAGAAGCCAUACAAAUGUGUAGACUGUGGAAAGAACUUCAGUGCAAGCACAAGCCUUACCUCCCAUCAGAGAAUUCACACUGGGGAGAAACCAUAUCAAUGCCUUGAGUGUGGGAAAAGCUUCAGAGCAAGCACCAGCCUUACUUCACAUAAACGAGUUCACAGUGGGGAGAAACCGUAUCAAUGCAUGGAGUGUGGGAAAAGCUUUGGUGAGAAAUCCAGCCUCAAGAAACAUCACAGAAUUCACACAGGGGAGAAACCAUAUAAAUGCACAGACUGUGGAAAGAGCUUCAGUAUGAGCACAAGCUUAACUUCCCAUCAAAGAAUACACACAGGGGAGAAACCGUAUAAAUGUCCUGAAUGUGAGAAAAGUUUCUGCAGAGGCGAUCUUCUUACUUUACAUCGAAGAAAUCAUACUGGGGAAAAACCAUUUAAAUGCUUAGAGUGUGGGAAAAGCUUCAGUCAGAGCGGAGGUCUUACCUCUCAUCAAAUAAUUCAUACAGGGGAGAAACCUUUUGAAUGCAUGAAGUGUGGAAAAUGCUUUCGAUGGCGUGCACAGCUUGUUUCACAUCAGAGAGUGCACACUUGUGAACAAUUGUAUAAAAAUUGAGUGACUAUAAGAGGCUUCCAUAAUAGUUCUUUGCACCUCGCAGAGUGGGAAAACUGCAGAGAGAGUGUUUAAUUUGAAGGGAUAAUUUAGAAAGCAUCCCCGAAUACCAGAUUUAGAACCUGUAGUCAUGUCACUAAUCAGAAGGCAACUUGCAUGAAAGUAAUAUGAAGGAACUGUAGCCAUCCUGUAAUAAGCCCACUGACGCAGUGUAGAGUUCAGUGUUGAAAAGAAUCAUAUUAGAACUUUUCUUGCAAAACUAGCCCAGUGUUUCACUUUGAAAAAGUAGAAUUGUAUUAUAAAAAUAAAGUGUUUUUUGAAAAUGUAUAAAAACCCUAUAUUAUAAACUGUGCUGCUACUGGA